AUGUCAUUGAAAUUACCACAAGCCCCAAAUAGUGGAUUAUUCAAGAAUGGUUACUCAUCAUAUUCAAAUGCUGAUGGUGCAAUUAUUAGAAAUAUUGAAGCAAUUAGAGAAAUUUCUUCAAUUUUAUUAACUUCAAUGGGUCCAAGUGGUAGAAAUAAAAUUAUUGUAAAUAAAUUAGGUAAAAAAUUUAUAACUAAUGAUGCUGCUACUAUGUUAAAUGAAUUAGAAAUUGUUCAUCCUGUUGUUAAGAUUUUAAUUAUGGCUUCUAAACAACAAGAAUUUGAAAUGGGUGAUUUUACAAAUUUAGUUAUUAUAUUAGCUGGUGAAUUUUUAAAUGUUGCUGAAAAAUUAAUAAAUUUGGGUUUAGGAGUCACUGAAAUAAUUCAAGGUUUUAACUUAGCUAAUAAGUUUGUAAUGAAACCUUUAGAAGAACUCGUAGUUGAUAAAGUAGAUGAUGAUUUACAAAAAGUGUUGAAAUCAGUUGUAGCUGCUAAACAAUAUGGUCAAGAGGAUAUAAUUGCAAAAUUAAUUACUGAAGCAGUAGAGAUGAUUAUGAAAAAUGGAUCAUUUAAUAUUGAUAAUGUUAGAGUUGUUAAAAUUAUGGGUGCAAGUUUACAUCAAAGUGAAGUUAUAAAAGGUAUGGUAUUUCCAAGAGAACCAGAGGGAUCAAUUAAAAAAACUUCAAAUGCAAAAGUUGUAGUUUUCACUUGUCCUAUUGAUAUUUCAACUACUGAAACUAAAGGAACUGUAUUAUUACAUAACGCACAAGAAAUGUUGGAUUUUUCAAAAGGUGAAGAACAACAAUUGGAUCAAAUGUGUAAAGAAAUUUACGAAUCAGGAGUUAAGGUGGUUGUCGCAGGUUCUAACAUCGGUGAAUUAUCAUUACAUUAUCUAAACAAAUAUGAAAUUUUAGUUUUAAAAGUUCCUUCAAAAUUUGAUCUUAGAAGAAUUUGUCAAGUUUGUGGUGCUACUCCAUUACCUAGACUUGGAGCACCAAUGGCUGAUGAAAUGGGAUAUAUUGACAUUGUAGAAACUAAAGAAAUUGGAGGUGAUAAAGUCACAAUAUUCAAACAAGAAGAAUCAACAUCACGUACUUCCACAAUUAUUAUCAGAGGAGCAUCUCAAAACAAUCUAGAUGAUAUUGAACGUGCAAUUGACGAUGGAGUUAAUUCAAUCAAGGGUUUAAUUAAAGAUCCCAGAUUGUUACCAGGUGCAGGAGCAAUUGAAAUUGAAUUAAUGAAAAAAAUAAAUCAAUAUGGUGAUCAAACUCCAGGUCUUUUACAAUUGGCAAUUAAAAAUUUUGCAAAAGCAUUUGAAAUUGUACCUAGAGUAUUAGCAGAAACUUCUGGAUUUGAUGCUUCUGAAGUUAUUUCAAAAUUACAUGCUGCUCAUGCUGAUGGAAAUAUCAAAGCUGGUAUUGAUAUUGAUGAUGGUGAUGUUAAAGAUACAAAUGUUUUUGAUUUAUUUGUUGCUAAGAAAUCUGCAAUCGAUUUGGCUGUUGAAGCUACUAAUACUAUUUUGUCAAUUGAUCAAAUUAUAAUGGCUAAAAGAGCUGGUGGUCCUGUUAUUCCAAAACAACCAAGAGCUGGUAAUUGGGAUCAAGACGACUAG